CAAAGUCGGUGUAUGUAUCGUAGCGACGCUUGGGUUUUACAUUUGGUUACAUUUAGUUGUAAGAAUAGUGUGUGUAUUUGGUGAUUAAAUAAGAAAGUGAAUUAAAUUAUUCACUACAAUGACAACUUUAGGCCCUAAGAAAGAUGGGGGCCCAAAUAUUGAAUUCUUCCAGUCGGCGGAAUCUUUGACUCAAUUUGACCAAAUUCGUGUGUGGUUACAGAAAAACUGCAAAAAGCAUGUCCAAACUGAUCCACCAACCAAAGAGGGGUUGGCCCAACUGGUCAUCCAGCUUAUCCAAUAUCAGGAGAAUAAGUUGGGAAAAAAUGCAACUGAUCCUCCGUUUAUGAGACUUCCAAUGAAAGUAUUCAUGGACAUGAAACCAGGCGGGUCCCUGUGCACGGUGCUCGCCACCAUGUUCCGCUUCAAGUCGGAGCAACGGUGGCGCAAGUUCGACUUCCAGGUCGGUAAGAAUCCGUCCCGAAAAGAUUUGAACGUGCAAAUGAUGAUGGAAAUCGAAUCAUCUCUCCUGGGAGCUGAAGUAAUACGCUCACCCUGCAUCUUCAUACGUCCAGAAGUAGACAAAGCCACAGCUAAUAAAGUCAAGGAUAUCAUUGUAAAUCAUCAGGGAGAAAUUUGCGAGGACGAAGAAGACGCAACGCAUAUAAUUCACCCCGCGGUAGAUCCUCUGGAGGAAGAGUACGCUCGGCCUGUAUUCAAACGUGGGAACAGCGUUCUUAUACACUGGUACUACUUCCCCGACAGCCACGACACCUGGGCACAGUCUGAUCUACCGGUGGACGUGCCCGAGAAUGUGAGCUGGGAGUGCAACCGAGCGGAGCCGUGGCGCGUGUCGGCCACGUGGGCGCUCGACCUGCCGCAGUACAACGAGUGGAUGAACGAGGAGGAUUACGAAGUCGAUGUCAACGGAAAGAAAAAGGUACACAAGUUGAGACUGUCCGUUGAUGAUCUAAUCCCCGGGUCUGAGCCGUCAGGGAAAAGUAAAAAGGGUAAGAGGAAGCGAUCUCCCUCUCCGCCGCCGCAGAAACACGGGAAGAGAAAGAGUCGUGUGGCGAAGCGUCGCGAUAACGACGGUGAUGAAGAAGAGGAUAACGCGUCCAGAGACAAUACUGAUGUCGCGCCCACACCUGAGAGCGAGCGGUCUACUGACACGCCGGCGCCGGCCUCGGGCGCGGCGGAGGCGAGCGCGGCGCCCGACGCGCCCGCCACGCCCGCGCCCGCCAUGGACGCGCACGACGACUCGCAGGGCAAGCACAGCGACUCCAAUACGCAGGAAAUGCUAACUAAGGAAGAGUUGGAAGACAAUGUAACGGAUCAAACUCACCACAUCGUAGUGCCGUCCUACUCGGCGUGGUUCGACUACAACUCCAUACACACCAUCGAGAAAAGAGCGUUACCCGAGUUCUUCAACAAUAAGAACAAGUCGAAGACUCCCGAGAUAUAUUUGGCAUAUAGGAACUUCAUGCUGGACACGUACCGCCUGAACCCGACGGAGUACCUCACGAGCACGGCGUGCCGGCGCAACCUGGCGGGCGACGUGUGCGCCAUCAUGCGCGUGCACGGCUUCCUCGAGCAGUGGGGGCUCGUCAACUACCAGGUGGAGACAGAGUCUCGUCCGACCGCUAUGGGACCGCCGCCCACGUCACACUUCCACGUAUUGUCCGACACUCCGUCCGGCUUGCAGCCGUUGCAGGCGAGACCUACUCAACCUAGACCAGCAGAGAACGUAGCGGUGCCGAAGGUGGAGGCCGGCCUUCCCAACGGCGCGGAUGCGGGCGCGCCCGUCAAGCCCGAGCCCAACGUUAAGGCGGAGCCCACAAUUGAACUGGGCACCGCACCUGGACUCAAGAUGGACCAAUAUCGUGGAGGAGCCCGGGGGCGCGAAUGGACAGAACAGGAGACCCUCUUGCUGCUGGAAGCGCUGGAACUGCACCGAGACGACUGGAACCGCGUGGCGGCGCACGUGGGCUCCAGAACACAUGAUGAGUGUAUCCUGCACUUCCUACGACUACCCAUAGAAGACCCAUAUUUGAAUGAUACCUCAGCUAGUGGUGUCCUGGGUCCAUUAGCUUACCAACCCAUUCCAUUCAGCAAGACCGGCAAUCCCGUGAUGAGUACAGUUGCGUUCCUGGCUUCCGUAGUCGACCCGCGCAUCGCUUCUAAGGCCACUAGAGCUGCUAUGGACGAAUUUUCUGCUAUUAAGGACGAGGUACCGGCGGCCAUGAUGGAGGCGCACGUGAAGGCGGCCGGCGCGCACGGGCCCGCCGCCGCGCUCGCCGCCACCGGCAUCGCCGGCACCGCGCCCGCCGCGCCCGCAGUAGAGAAAAAAGAAGGCUCGGAGGUAAAACAAGAAGCAAUGGAAGUGGACGGAGAGGGCGAAGCGAAGGUGAAGGAGGAGCCGGCGGAGGCGCCGCCCGCAGACGAAGCCAAAGAGACCAAGGACGAUGCUACCCCACCGCCAGAAGCGCCAGCAGCGGUAGACUCCAAGGUACAGUCAGCCGCAGCGGCAGCUCUUGCGGCUGCCGCCGUGAAGGCGAAGCAUCUCGCGGGAGUCGAGGAGCGCAAGAUAAAGUCUCUCGUGGCUCUACUCGUCGAGACGCAGAUGAAGAAGCUGGAGAUAAAGCUGAGACACUUCGAGGAACUCGAGGCAACCAUGGAGCGAGAGCGAGAAGGUCUCGAGUAUCAACGGCAACAGCUGAUACAGGAACGUCAACAGUUCCACCUGGAACAGCUGAAGGCGGCCGAGUUCCGGGCGAGAAACCACGCCAUUCAAAGACUGCAGGCGGAGUCGGGCGGCGUGGCGGCGGCGGCGGCCAGCGCGGCGCCCGGCGCGCCCGACGCGCCGCCCGCAGACGCGCCGCAGCCGCCGCCCGCGCACCACGCCUGA